CUGAAAGAAAAGUGGGCAGCAAAUUUUAUAUAUAUGGCAAAUCGAACCCCAAGUUUUGUAUCACAUACAAUUCAUUCACAUAAUAAGCAUGUUCUGCUUCCGCCGUUUCGUGCCUAUCUGGACCGUGGUCGCGGUGGUUACGCUGCUAUUCUUCGUUACUCGUAUCCGGCCAGAACACCAUUACCCUCUGGAAGAAGCGACUUAUUACCGAUCCGUCGAUACGCUGUUCAGAUCAGAGAAAGAUGCCCUCCUCCAAUGGACAAGAUCCAGCAGGCAGCCACUAGACGUCGAAUCUGACCACUGGCUUGACUGGGAGCCAACAGAACCUACAGUAGGAUGAAUAUAUCUCAGUUCACCACGAGGUGUCACAACAAGCUCAAAACUCCAUCAACGAAGGGAAGCGACGUCAUAGCCCAAACGGACUCGUGGAUGAAGGCUGCGUCGCAUCUCCACAGCCACACUUACACGAGCAACACACGAGCAGCCUUCCACAGACAUUCUCGA